AGGUAACAACACCAACCCCCCCCAAACGACCAGGCUGGUGAUCUCCAUUCUUGAGACCUGACUUUAUCGCCAUCUUGCACCAUCACAGCUCCACGUGCCGCUUCGCCUCUCGUCCCUCUCCAGCGCCGUUCCAGCGUCGCCCAUCUCCCACCACCGGCGACCUCUCCCCUUGACCGAGACUUGCUGCGUAUCUACCCGUCCUCCCGCCAGACGCCGCCAGGCCCAAUCUCCUUGUCCAGAGCUACGUGGAGCUCGUAUGCGCGACAAUGGCGGCCGAUGCAGUUACUGAGCCUGCUGCGCCGAACCUAAACCUCUCCUCCGAGGAGAAGCGAGCUUAUGGCCAACUCUUCCGACAAGCCGACACCGAUAAUGUUGGCGUCGUCACCGGCGAGGUCGCCGUGAAAUUCUUCGACAAGACGCGGUUAAACUCCCACGUCCUCGGCGAGAUCUGGCAGAUUGCUGACCGGGAGAAUCGGGGCUUCCUUACCCCAGCUGGCUUUGGCAUCGUCCUCCGACUCAUCGGCCAUGCCCAAGCCGGCCGCGAACCCACACGCGAAAUAGCUCUCCAGCAAGGCCCCCUUCCGCGAUUCGAUGGCUUCGCCCCCCCUCUCCCGGCCGCAGGCAUUCCUCCUCCUCCACCAGUGCCCAUCAGCUCGCCGCCUCCCCCCGCCGCCCUUCAGGCCCAAAGCACCGGUGGCCCCAUCCGAAUCCCGCCGCUGACCCCAGAGAAGGUCGCUCAGUAUGCCGGCCUCUUCGAGCGUCAGGGCUUCCAAGGCGGAGCACACCUACCCGGCGACCAGGCCAGACAGAUCUUCGAGAAAUCAGGCCUGCCCAACGAAAUCCUUGGACGGAUUUGGCAGCUUGCUGAUACUGAGCAGCGUGGUGCUCUGGCUCUUACCGAGUUUGUCAUUGCUAUGCACUUGCUCACCUCCAUGAAGACUGGUGCUCUUCGAGCUCUGCCCAGCAUUCUCCCAGCCGGGCUCUACGAAGCCGCCGCCCGACGCCCCGCAUCCCGUCAAUCCUCAACUGGUCCUACCAUCUCUGCUAUUCCACGCCAAGUCAGCGGCUCCGCCCAGAUGCGCACUGGCAGCCCUCUCGGACGUCCUCCCAUGUCUCCCCAAGGCACCGGAGUGGUCCCUCUUGGACCCCCUACUAUGUCUCCCCAAUCUACCGGAGCGAACGACUGGGUAGUGACCGCGGCCGACAAGGCAAGGUUCGACCAGAUCUAUGCCGACCUGGACAAGACGAACAAGGGCUUUAUUACCGGCGAGGAAGCGGUUCCCUUUCUCAGCCAGUCAAGUCUACCCGAAGACACCCUGGCCCAGAUCUGGGAUCUCUCAGACACCAACUCUCAGGGACACCUUACUCGUGACCAGUUCGCCAUUGCAAUGUACUUGAUCCGACAACAAAGGGGAGGUCGCUCAGUGCCCUUGCCAAGCACCCUUCCACUCAACUUGAUCCCCCCCAGCCUCCGAAACCAGGCUCGCCCACCCACCGCAACCGCAACCUCGGCCUUCGACGCUCCGCCGCUCGUGGCACAACCGCCCCCUCCACAGCCCAAGUCUGCUCUUGACGACUUGUUUGGCCUGGAAUCUUCCACACCGAGCCCGGUGCCCUCAGCUCCGGCCCUAGCCCCCAUGUCGACUGGAGGAUCCAACGCCAAUGAUCCAUUCGGCGCUGGCUCGAAUGUGCUCACCCCAUCCUCUCCCGUUCGGGCAGCAUCUGCUGGUGGUUCUUCAUUCAAGCCCUUUAUCCCGUCAUCCUCGUUUGGCCGAGGCUUGACCACGACGCCUACAGGAGGGUCGGGUGGCUCAGGCACAAGGCAGCCGCAACCGACAUCUGCAUCUGAGGAUCUUCUCGCAGAUAAUGACCCCGAGGCUAGCAGAAACUUGUCUGGGGAGACUACGGAGCUUGCUAAUCUCUCAAAUCAGAUUAGCUCGCUGUCAACGCAGAUGCAGGAUGUCCAAGCUAAGCGGACUACUACGCAGAACGAACUGACACAGGCCACGUCCCAGAAGCAAAACUUUGAGCAGCGACUUGCCCAGCUUCGGACCCUGUACGAAAAGGAGGCACAAGAUACUCGCGCUCUCGAAGAGCAGCUUAAGACUGCCCGUGCUGAGACCCAGAAGUUGCAAUCCGAAUGCAUGGCUCUUGAUGGUACCUAUCGGGACACCCAGACCCAGCACCAGCAGGUUCUUGCAUCCCUGCAGGAAGACCAGCAGGAGAACUCGAAUCUGAAGGAGCGCAUCCGGGUUGUCAAUGGAGAGAUCGCCCAACUCAAGCCUCAGAUCGAGAAGUUGAAACUGGAAGCCCGGCAGCAGAAGGGACUUGUCGCUAUCAACAAGAAGCAGCUGUCUACAACUGAGGGUGAGCGUGACAAAUUGAAGACAGAGUCCGAGGAACUCGUCAAGAGCAACGAGGAUCUGUCUCGUCAGGUCAACACCAGCUCCCCGGCUUCCACGUCAGCCCAAGUCGCAAGCCCUGCGGCCUCGACUGCUAGUGGAAACAACCCUUUCUUCCGGCGCACAGCCAGCACCGACAUCAUGGGAGCAUUCGCAUCUCCUCCGGUCAAGAACAUCUCGGACAAGUCGUUCGACGACGUCUUUGGUCCUUCGUUCUCGGGCAGCACCUCUGGCACUCCCCCGCCCCCAGCCUUGUUCAAGCCGCAGAACACUGGCGCCUCCUCUGCCAGUGUCGGCUCGUACUCGACUCCUCCUACCUCGUCCCCUGUUAUCAGCCGUCAGCCAACCGUCUCUAUUGACCCUCCCGCCCCCCCAGAGUCGAGACAGAUCAGCUCCAGUUUCCUGCCUUUCGGGGACAACACGGAGUCGCUGUCGUCCUCCCGUCAGGUGUCACCUCCUGCAUCUCGUAUUGAUGACCCGCUUCAUGGCUCAUCAACCCCCAUUCCUGGCGAUCUCGCUGCUUCUAUGAACAGCCCCUUGAGUGUUCAAUCUGGCGAUGAUGUAGAGAAGCCUGAAAUUAAGACUGGAAAUGUCGCCCCAGCUGAUGCUUUGCGCGAGGCUCACGGCAACAGUGCGCCAAACCCCGCAACAGGGGCUACUAAUGCCGACGAGUCUGCUGAUCCUUUCGGAACUGUCGACGAGGCCAAGGCCAAGGCGGAUUUCGAGAAUGCCUUUGCUGCCUUCACCACAGCCAAGACUCAGACUAAGCCAACCCCUGAUACCACAAAGGCCGCUUCCGCUUUCGAUUCCGAGUUCCCUCCUAUUUCAGAGCUUGAACGUGAAGACUCCGACUCCGACUCAGCCAGCGACCAAGGAGGAUUCGAAGACGAUUUUGCCCCCGUGUCGCCCCCUACCAAGCUCAGCGGCGAGACGGAUACAUCUGAAGGUGGAGCUAGAUUGGGCGCUGAAGAAACGAAGCCGAUUCCUUUCGCGCCAACCAAGGAGUCAACCUUCCCAUCUGAUCCCAAGGAGAGCACCGAACAACCAGCAUCGCCAGCAACGGUGACUGACACUCAGAGGACGGCCGUUGAUGACAUCUUUGGAUCGGUCGAACCCGCGGUCGCCCCUAAACAGACAGUUCCCUCAAACGCUUCUCAAUCCAAGGGCGCCUUUGAUAACUUCGAUUCGGAUUUCGAGGGCCUUGAGGAUGCCAAGGAGGGCUCUGGAGAUGAAGAAUUUGCCAACAUUUCUCGAUCUGGCCUGGAAGACUUCAACCCCGUCUUUGAUAGCAGCCCCCCUGCCAGCCAGGCUAAGAGCGAGUCGACAGCAUUUGGCAAUGAGAGCAGCUUCGACUUUGUCUCGGCAAGCUCAACCGGCGCUGCUCCGGCGGCCCCUGCAACCGGCCCCCAGCCUAAGACCGCCGAGGCACACGACUGGGAUGCCAUCUUCUCGGGAUUUGACUCCGGAAGCGCCCCGGCCGCAGCUGCUGCGACCACCGACAACCAGGCGACCACCCCUGCGCAGCCAAAGGAGGACGAGUUCCAGAAGGAUGAUCCCAUUCUGAAGCGACUCACCAGCAUGGGCUACGAGCGAGACAGUGCUUUGGACGCGCUGGAGAAGUACGACUAUGAUGUUAACAAGGCUGCAAACUACUUGGCUAGUCAAUCUUAAUGAACCAUUGCCUUUGGAAGCCCCGUCACCUUGGAGGAAAAGGCAGGACCACCAUUACAUAUCUCAUCCAUUUCCUUACCCUGUCUUGUCUGCAUCUCGAUGAAGGCCACCUUGUUCGAUAGUCUUGGGGCAGCGAAACCACCCUUUCUUUUUGUUUCACUAUUAAAGCCCCUCUUUGCCACGGCCCCUGUGUCCUUGUUGUUUUAUUGUGGGAGGAACUCUUUCACUCUGCAUGUUGUAUGUAAUCCGAUUCUUGCACUUGAGAAAGGUGCGGGUGAGAGAAAUGUUGGUAAUUAUAGUCGAGCACCCUCUCUGGGACCAGAAACGGCGCCCGUGAGAUUAGAAGGGGAUUAAGACGACAUAGUAGAAU